ACGUCUGCUACGGCUUUCUAUUGCUUUGGUUUCGACGGUUUCGUUUGUUUCGUCGCCCGCAGUUUCAACAGGAUUUCGACGACAGCAUGAGUUUUAUGUUCCCGUAAUGUGUUACUCUGUGUCUUGUGUGUAUGACCUUCGCCGGAAUUCAUAGAAGAGGAAAGCUUUUCAGCGCAAGUCAGCUUCAUCAACCUGUGAUAGUAAAUUACGUGGACAGACUGCUACUCUGAGCAACAGUGAUACCCUUUCAGCUGUUAAUGAUGUCUUGGCGGGGAGCGGAAGAGGAAUAGGAGAAUGUGCAGCAAUGUGCAGGAGGAGGAUGUGCAGAGCCCCUUCAGCUCAGAGCUGGCAGAGACCCUGGCCUCGUGGUGCAAGGCCCACGAGUGCGGGGUUCUUCAGCCAGCGGCCCUCAGGGCCUUCUGGGCCGCCCACGUGCCUUCGCUCCUGGGACCUCCACUCCACUGUCGGCCCCUUGCCCUGGCCUACGACGAGCCCCUAGUACGCAGGGUACUCUUCGAUUCCUUGGAGAGGUUUGUGUGCGGAUGUUCCGAACCCAAGGACUACUUCGCGGAACUGCGCAAACUGGAAUCUCCGCCGGCACUCUGCGGUCGGGUCUUCAAGUCAGGGGAGCCGACGUACUCCUGUAGGGACUGCGGCCUCGACCCGACGUGCGUCCUCUGCGUGGGCUGCUUCAAGAGUAGCGCCCACAGAAAUCACAAGUACAAGAUGAGCAUGAGCUGCGGCGGAGGAUACUGCGACUGCGGAGACAUGGAGGCCUGGAAGGAGUCUCCUUUCUGUGACAAGCACGGUCAGAAGAAACAGGAGGCGGAGGCGGACCCGGUAGAACGACUUCCGUCGGACCUCGUGAGCCGCGCGGAGCUCGUGCUGAGGACGGCGCUGCUCUACUGCCACCAGCUGCUGACGUGGGGAAAGGCAACGGAACUUCCUCCGGACCUGGACCCCACGCCUCUGCUGGUGCAGCCGACGGACACCUACGUCACCAUGCUCUUCAACGACGAGACGCACACCUACGAACAGGUGAUACAGACCCUGAGCCGCGCCAUCGCGUGCAGUCAGCGGGAAGCCAUCGAGUACGCAACCACCAUCGACAGGGAGGGAAGAAGCCUCGUGCGGAGCUCCACCUUCAUGGACUGCAACCAGGUGAAGAACCACAUAGAACGCAUCACCUCUCGGCAUGGUGGCCGUCCCCUGCGGGUGCAGGUGAUGCACGCCUCCGUCGUGGCCCACCAGAUGUUUGCAAUGCGUCUCCUGACUUGGAUCCAGCAGUUCCUCACACAGUGUCAGGCCUUCCGUGUCAUCCUGAGCAACGUGAUGCUGGAACCCACGCCUGACAGCGGGUACCCGCUCCUACGGGCGGUCAUGCGUUCGGACACCCAGCUGUGGAAGACUGCCCGCGGCCAGUGGCACCAGCUGUUCAUCAGCGGCAUGCUCAUGGACGCCCACUGCAAGCGCGCCUUCGCCAAGAACUUCACCCGCGACUACCCGGACCUGCUCAAGGACUUUGUGGCUGACGACCACGAGCACCCGGUGUCCGUCACGUCCCUCUCGGUGCAGAUCUUCACGGUGCCCACUCUGGCGCACCUGCUCAUCGCGGAGGAGAACGCGUUGACGGUGCUGCUGCGCACGUUCCUCUCGGAGUGCGAAAAGCACCGGGGCGCCGACAGCGGAAAGCUCACUUUCGAGAGGCAGCUCAACGUGCCGUUCCGCAGGGCCCAGUAUGUCCUCUACGACCUGCGUUACCUGCUGUCUGUUCCGCCGGAGGUGUGGACGGACAAGCUGCGCAAGGGCUUCCUCUACGGGGUCGGCCUGCUGCUCAACCUGCUCACGUGGAUGCAGGGCAUGGAUUCUGUAGUCCGGCAGGUAGGACAGCAUGUGGAAUUCGAGGCCGAAUGGGAGACUGGCAUCAACCUCCAGCUUAAGCUUGCCCCAAUUGUGGGGCUAGUGCUGGACUGGUGCGCUUCUGACAGGGAGGUUCUCAUCAAGGCUGUGCACAAGGCCCUCAGGGCCCUGGAGAGCCCUCAGGGCGAAACGGUGGGUCGAGAACUGGCCGAUCACUCUGCGUUGUGCAUCGAGUACGACGUGAGUUCGCAGCCAGUGUCGGUGCACCUGCCCCUGUCACGGUUUGUGGUGGGGCUCUUGUUGCGUCUCGACCGUUUCACCCUGAGCUACGACUCCCACGAGCUGCAGGUGCGAGGGAAGCCCACACCCGAGCAGCUCAUGGAGAUGCCCCUACGCACCCAGGUGAUGGUGGCUCAGUUCCGCGCGGGCAUGUGGCGUCGCAACGGGUACUCGCUGCUCAACCAGAUCUACUUCUACCACAACGUGCGGCUACGUAGCGAGACGUACGACCGAGACAUCACCCUCUUGCAAGCCGCCGCCGCUCUCCUGGAGAGCAACGAAUUUCUCAUCCACGUGCUCAACAAGUACGCCCUCCUGGGGUGGGUCGGGGACGGGACCGUGGCCACCCCCGACGAAGCCCACCUGACGGCGUCGUUAGCCGAGGAGUUCCUCGGCCUCCUGCUCACGCUGGCGUCCGAGAGGAGCCAGCCCGGCGUCGGUAUGGUCACGGAGGAAGACAAGCUGCGGAAGGAGAUUGUGCAGGUCCUGUGCGUGGAACCCCUGCCUCACAGCCAGCUGCUCAAACUGCUGCCCCGGGACACUGGACCGGGCUUUGAAUCUCAGGUGGAGAGAGUUCUCUCCCACGUGGCCGAGUUCAAGAGGGAGCGUGUUACGGACACAGCACCGUCGGGCAGGUACGAGCUCAAGCACGAAUACUACGCAGAGUUCAACCCUUUCUUCUACCACUACACGAGAGAAGAUCAGUCUCGCGCUCAAGAGACCCAACUGAGGCGUCGGAAACAGUCUGGGGAGGAGCCCUGCUGCCCUCCCCCAGUGCCACCCGAGUUUGCUCGUCCCUUUGUCAUGGUGACCAACAUGCUUCAGUGUGAUGUCAUGCUCAAGAUCAUGACUACCGUACUGCAGCGCGCCGCAAGUGGGUCCCACCCAUUCUUUUCGGAAACUCAGUUGGAGAAAACUCUUCACCUGAUUGGCAUCGCCCUUCACGAAGAGCAGCGUUUGCGGGACAAGGGUGUCCCCGCGGAUGAAUCCUUCUUCGCCUUCACUUCAGCAGCCGUCCGCGUAGGGCUCUUGGACAUGCUCGAGAGGUGCUCUUCCAACUCCAAGAACCAAGGGCAGAAGCCGCUGGUGGAUCUGACGCUUCGACGUCUGAGAACGUUGCUAGAUGGGGGACAGGCGAGUUCCGAUUCCCCCAUGGAGCUGGACGAGAGCUCGAACCACCACCUGAAGCGCAACGCGGAGGCAGCCGCCGCGCGGAGGGCGCGCAUCAUGGCGCAGAUGUCGGCCAUGCAAAAGAACUUCAUCCGCGAGUACUCGGACCAGUUCAAGGAGGCCGAGGAGGCAGUCGUUCGAACUAAGCCGUGUCACACGUGCAUCCUCUGCCGCGAAGAUGAAGAGCUGUCGCUCGACGGCCAGGCGCUGGUGCUCUCGGCGUUUGUGCAGCGCUCUACGGUGCUGUCCAAGAACCGGACUCGAAAAGUGCCGUCGGAGGAAGAGGGGAGUGGCGAGGAGGAGGGGGGCGAAGUGGUGCCCGUGCCGGCUGACCUCUUCUACGGACCUCACACGAGCACCUGCGGCCAUGUGAUGCACAGUCGCUGUUGGCAGAAGUUCUUCGAGUCCGUAGUGAGCAAGGAGCGGCGGAGGCCAGUGAGGUACGGCAGGCACAUCAGCUUCAACGUGGAGAAGAACGAGUUCCUGUGUCCCCUCUGCGGAUGCCUCAGCAACACAGUCAUCCCGUUGUUGCCUCCACUCUCCGAGUGCAUACAGACCUCACGGACUGUCCAGGAAGCUCCGUCGUUUGACGACUGGCUCCUUGGCCUGGGAACGGCGGUUCGACAGACGCAGCAGCACAGUGGCUCUGCCGAUGAUAAAGCUCUCCCACGAUACAAGCCCGUGCCCCUUAAAGAAGUAUCCCGGAGCCUGAAACCGGGAGUGGGUGUGGCAUUCGAGCGACUCUUCUCUGAGGAUCAUGCAGGAGGAGGAUUCUCUACGAGCCUCGUGGAAAUGCUGAAGCUGUUUUCGCAGGCGUGUUAUACUGUUGGUCUGGAGGCGCACCCGAACUCAAAAGACGACCGCGUGGCAUCCAUGGUGUGGUGGUCGUGCGCCUACACCAUCCACGGAGCAGAGUGGCUCCUGCGGGGAAAACCUCUCCUCGGCGACCUCUCUUCCCGACGCCUGCACUGCCUCGAGGCCCUGGUGCGCUCCGCGGCAGCAGCUUCCCUGCGAGUCUUCUCCGCGGGUGCGGUGCAGAGCCACUGCGUCCGCCUCCUCUCCCACCUGCUUCGCCCCACGUCCUCGUGCUGCCUGGAGGUGGACGCCUUCGGACUUCUGGUGGGGCUGACCCUGUCGCUGCCCUCGCUCUUCCGCGAGGACGUUCUGGCUUCUCCCCUGAGCGAGGUUCACAACACCUACCUGUUUGGCUUGGUGCUCACCUUCCACUUAGUCCAGGUGACCCUGACGACAGAAACCUCGAGCACCAGCAUGGACGUGGAGGAGACGGACGAAUCGAUGGCGCCUUUGGCUGAUUUUUGUCGAGAGGUCCUAGUUUCUGCCGGUGUGCCACAGAUAGGCAGGGUGGACGGUCCAUUUGUAAGCCGUGUGCGGGAGGGCGCCAUGCCGUUUCUGCGCUGCAGCGCCAUCUUCCGCCACUUUCUCGGGGCCGCGAAAGAAACAUCCUGCGCCGACACCUGGGAAGAGAUCUGCAAGUUCCUGUCUGUGCCUGCGGAUCUCGCCUCUUUGCUGGCCUCCGCGGAAGUCAGACAGUUGGCUCUUGGGUGGGCGCGGGAACCUCGGGUGCAGCAACUGCUGGCCGGAGCAGUGCGACACCCCAUCAAGGCCAACCGGCUGGUCGACCUUCCUGCGGACUUCAGCGAACUGAUCAACGAAGCUUCCCUCUUCCGCUGCCCAAACUCCGACGGGGACGACUCGCGUUCGCCGGCACUCUGCCUCGUCUGCGGCCACCUUCUGUGCUCCCAGAGCUACUGCUGCCAGGGCGAACUGGAUGGGGAGAGGGUGGGCGCCUGCAACCAACAUGCUCAUUCUUGCGGAGCAGGGGUCGGACUCUUCCUCCGCGUGCGCGACUGCAAGGUGCUCUUGCUGGUUGGACGCACUAAAGGCUGUUACAUGCCCCCGCCGUACGUGGACGAGUACGGCGAGACGGACCCGGGCCUGACCCGGGGCAACCCCCUGAACCUGUGUCCCAGGCGCCUGGAACAGUUGGAGAAACUUUGGCUCUCCCAUGGGAUCCCGGAGCAGGUGGCUCACGCCCUCGAGCAAUCCACCAGUCUCUCUUCCACCAACUGGUCUCUCAUGUGAAUAGUGGUAAAUAAAAUAAAGUGUAUUAUUUUACUUGUU